AUGCCGCCCAAGCGCAAGCCAGGCCAGCAAGGCCAGCUCGCAGCCCCAACCAAGCGACGCAAGAUGAAGAAGAGAAUUGGAGAUGACAAUGGCAAGAAACGCACCUCCUUCCUGGACCUGCCCCCAGAGCUCCGAAACGACAUCUACGAGCGAGCCCUCAUCCAACCCACCACCAUCACCGUGACGCACAGCCUCAAAGACCCCAAACUCCUGCGCACGUGUCGUCAAAUCCGCUUCGAAGCCCGCAAGAUCUUCUACCUGCGCAACAGCUUCCGCGUCGUGGUCCACAACUGCGACGCGAGACUGCUCGCCGCGUUCGAGCGACACAUCGCGCAGUUCGAACAGUGGGAGGGCGGCAAGAUCAAGGUGGAGACGCUCCUGUACAUUGCCAUUUCCGGCAGGAAGGUGUGGGGCAAUUUGGUGCAGUGGUGCUUUGAGGUGCAUCAGCGUGGUGGAGGGUUUCUGGGGCCGAAGCCCUCCGAUAAUCGUCUGCGCUCGGUCAUUGCGGCGGCGCAUGCGGUUACGAAUGCUAGUGGUGGGGUUUCGUGGGAGAAGUGUCUGGAGGCUUUGGAGGCGAUGCGGGCGGCGCUUGGGCUGGUGGAUAAAGGUUGGUUGAGAGAUGAUUGA